UUUAUUGACAAUUUGGAAUUUAUAUUUGGCUGUAAAUAGUGUGUCAUUAUUGGUUGUGCCAUUUGGAUAUUACACAUAUAUGAGACAGAAUGCUAAAUUAUUACACUAAAUGUGUUUAACGGACAGUGACAGUUUAGCUCUUAUAUCACCUUUAAGCACAGAAACUGUAAAGAAUGAUAACGAAGAUGACGGCGACGGUUGUCCUGGCAAUCAUGAUGAUGAUGAUGUAAUGCACAAUAGUGACAUACAUUCAGAAGCACCUAUUUUCAAUGGGGUACAACGGCGUUCAGUCAGAAUAGAAGCAAUUGUAUCCAAUGUAUCUACAAUAUCACAACCGUCGACACAAACAUCAAUGACGCCUUUAUCGUCAACACCAAGUAGAAAAAGGCCUUCGGUUUGCAAAGAACAAUUUAGAAAAAGAAAUAUUAACAACAAACAGUUAAACAACGAGGUGUCAUUUGAUCAAUCCGAGCACACUUCAGCAGCAAAGAGGAAUUCGUAUCAAAGUACAGACUAUUCAAAAGUUUGUUAUACACCAGGGGAUUCGAAUCCAAAUGCAGUGAAAUUUUCCAAUGUCCCUUACUUUGCAAAUUAUCCUUACGAUUCGUCUUUUUCAUCCUGUUCAACACUUAGUCCCUCUUUAAAGUCUGAUCUCAGUAUGUGUAUGAACAAAAAUGGGUCUACAAAUGCUAACGAUGAUAAUAGUAAAUAUAAUAACAAUAAUAAUAUUAUGAGUAACAGUAACUCACAGUGGCAGUAUACUGAUACUCGUAAAAACACUAAUCAAUACACUUCACCUGUACAAAUAUCAUGUCGAGCAAAUAUUAUGAAGAAGAAAACAGAACGUCAACAUCGAAAUAAACAAUCUAAUGUCUCACCAAUGUUGCCUUCAUUGUCAACAACUCCAUUUUCUAGUCAAAUAAAAUCAAUGGGUGAUGAGCUAAGCGAAAGACGAGCAAACCAACGAAAAGAGCGUUCACGUUUAGCUGCACAAAUAAGACGAAAUCGUGAAGGUCAAAGUUUAAUGUUAAUACAAAACGCUUUGCCGAUAUCUUCCUAUGUGUUAGGGUUAAGUUUGGUUCAUUUGAAUUCUAAUUCAUCCAAUUCUGCUAGUGGAACUACUCAACCUUCAUCAAAGAAUAAUGAACUAGGAACAGGUAAGUCCAAUAAUUCUACUGGAACAACACUGAAUACAACAGAAGCGGCAUCAACAAGCCUAGUGACACCGCCUACAACGAUUUCAAGUACACCUUCAGCUAUUAACUUAGAAAAGACCGGAGUACUUCGUAUUGCUGGACAUACAUUGUUUCUACUCAACAAGCUGUCUUCAUAUCUUGGACUGCAUACCAAACUCAGUGUGGCUUUAAAUAGUCGUUCAGUAUACGGAAUGCUCAUUGAUUCUAAAGAAUUGAGGAUUGCUUAUGCUACACCAGCUUUAGCUGAUGCUGUUGGAUGGCCAUGGAUAAAACUUUUAGGUGCUCCACUACACAAACUUGUAAAAUUCACGGAAUCAUCUCCGAAUUCUAAGGAAAUUACAAAGAAGUUAUUAUCUAAAUCCCAUUGGUCUUCAUUAACCACUCAAUCAUCUUUUAAUUCAACAAAAAAUGCUUCCAUCUCUAACUCUUCUCCUAACACUUCUAACAACAACAAUAAUAAUAAUCAUAAUUCCCCUGUAAAUAUUGAAUCAGAUAAUGAGUUCAGUCUACCUGAAUUUAUAACCUUAUCGAAGUUAAUUCCUUACAAACAACAAACAUUGUCUACAACAAAAAUUAAUAAACCAGAUGAUACAAACUCAAAAUCUUCUCCAACUAUUCCUGUUAACACCAAGGAUUUGAUACCAGUUUCACUAUAA